ACGCAUGUUCCGAAACCCGUUUCUGCCGCGUGCGCCGUCAUUCUUUUGCCGAGCGCCGGAGGAAUCGGAUCGGAAAACUCGCGGCCUCACGAUACUUGGCCGAUGUGCGUGUGUGUGACGCGCUAGUGAAACGAAGCGCAAUAUUAACCCUUUCAACCCGGGCCGGGACCUGGAAGGAGGUGUCUUUACCUGUGCUGUGUCACGGCGUGUUGAAAAACGUUUUGUGUAAAUCCUGCUGUGAAGUGAGCCGCCAUCCAACGCCAAAAUGGGAGAUCAAGCCGUACCGGUCAAGGGCAACGUUUUGGGAUCCCUCAUCCCUGCACGCUACAUCCUGGCCGUGCUGGGCUCGAUCGCCAUGGCCAUCAUCUAUGGUUUGAAGGUGAAUCUAAGCGUGGCGAUGGUCGCGAUGUUGAACCAUUCGGCCCUUGCCCAUCACAGUGCGGGCCAUGAGAUGAAGCACGAGAACGCCGACGCCGAACCCGUCUGCCAGGCUUCUGGCAAUUCAACCGAAGCCGUUGAGGAUGGCCCCUUUGAUUGGAGUGAACCGGUGCAGGGCAUGAUCUUGAGCUGUUACUUCUGGGGAUACCUGGUAUCGCAGAUCCCGGGUGCUCGCGUCGCCGAAUCGUUCUCGGCACGUUGGGUAAUGUUCUUUUCGGUGCUGAUCAACGUCGUCUGCACGCUGCUGACACCGGUGGCCGCCAAGAUGCACUACAUUGCGAUGAUUGUGAUGCGUAUCGGUGAAGGUAUCGGCGGUGGAGUCACAUUUCCGGCUAUGCACGUUAUGCUCGCUUCCUGGGCUCCACCGAACGAGCGGAGUGUCAUGUCGGCGAUAGUCUACGCUGGAACAGCCCUCGGAACGGUCAUAUCGAUGUUGAUGGCCGGCGUGUUGGCGGGAACAUUGGGGUGGGAGUCCGUGUUUUACGUGAUGGGUGGUCUCAGUUGCCUGUGGAUGGUGCUGUGGUUGUGGUUGGUACAGGACACUCCGACCAAGCAAGCCUUGAUGAGCCAGGAGGAACGUGAUCUGAUUACGUCGUCACUCGGUACGAGCUCGUCCGGUGGUCACAGCGAAGCGAAAGCACCAGUACCGUGGCGCAAGGUGUUCACCUCGGCUCCCUUCUAUGGCAUUCUUAUAGCACACGUGUGCAACAACUGGGGGUGGUACAUGCUGCUGAUUGAGCUGCCUUUUUAUAUGAAACAAGUGCUGCAGUUCAACAUCAAGGAGAACGCAGUCGUCACGGCCAUUCCCUUCCUGACGAUGUGGUUCUUCAGUAUGGCCCUCAGCAAGACGCUCGAUGCUUUGCGAAGCCGAGGUAAGAUCACGACAACGAUCGCCCGCAAAACUGCUACCUUUAUUGCCUCGGCCGUACCGAUGGUGUGCCUGUUGGCGCUGUGCUAUAUCGGUUGCCAGCGUGGUCUGGCCGUUACACUGAUGACGAUCGGUAUCACGGCGAUCGGUGGAAUGUUCUGCGGUUUGCUUUCGAAUCACAUUGACAUCGCCCCCAACUACGCCGGAACUUUGAUGGCCAUCACGAACAGUGCCGCUACGCUCUCGGGUAUCAUCGUGCCGAUCUUUGUCGGACAGAUCACUCACGGAAAUCAAACGAUUGGUGCCUGGCGUGUGAUCUUCUACGUGACGAUCGUCCUGUACGUGGUGGAGAUCAUUGCAUAUCUUCUGCUGGCAUCCGGUGAGGAGCAACCGUGGAACAAAGGUGACAAACCAGCCGCUUCCGUCGAGGCUGCCGAAGCCGAAGCGACUCCACUGAACCAGAAGGAAUCGAAACAAAACUAUAGUGCCCAGGAUCAAUAAAAGCGGAACACUUUCCUACCAUGCCGAUGGUGGCCGGGGCGUCGCUGCUACACACUCUCUACUUAACUUAGCUACCCGAACCAGUGGUACUUAUGCGUUUAGAGUUAACCUUAGUUUAUAGACUAUCGACAAAGAGAAAAUUAUCUUUUGAAUGCCACGAGGGCCGGCGAAGAAGCUGAGCAGAUCUUUGAAGUAAAUCAAUUGCACUAUAUCAUUCUGUUAAUCCACAAGCAAUCGAGAGCCACAAGUUGGCCGACGAGAGACCGACAAACAGACAAACAAAAUGUACUUCUCACUAGAUUAGAUAGUGUCUGCUUAUCGAAAGAAGGGGCAUUUAUUUUAAUGAUUAAAACCGAUAGACCAACACCGUCAUUUGACCCUGCCACACUGCUACUGUGCUGUUCGGCUUUUACUGCCUGCCUCGUCACUCCGGACCUCCGAUUAGACUGCAAUGUAAAUGUUCAAAAUACUGCUUAUGAAUAAAGAAACCACAUGUUCAUAACGAGAGGCUCAAUGUAUCGACAGGGUCAGCAUAUGGAAAGUGGCAUACGAAAGUGAAAUAAAGAUGAGCACGAUUAAGUUAA